AUGACUAAAAAAAAGGGCUCAUUGGAUGAAAAAUUAACUGGAGAAUUUAGUGAAAUUGAUCUAUACUCUAUUUUAAAAGUAGAUAAGAAUGCAACUGAAACAGAGAUUCGCUCAGCAUAUCGUAAACAAGCUUUAUUGAAUCAUCCAGAUAAAAGACCAGAAUCUGAACGAGAAAAGGCACAUGCUGAGUUUGAAAGAAUUGCAUUUGCAUAUGGGAUUUUAAGUGAUGAAAAAAGACGUAAAAUAUAUGAUACAACAGGAAAAACGAAUGAAGUCAUAAGUGAUAUAGAUUGGACUGAGUGGAUAAAAGAACUUUAUAAUAGUUCUAUAAAUGGGGAAACAUUAGAAGAAUUUAAAAAAUCAUAUCAAGGAAUGUUUUAUUGCUCAGAAGAAGAACGACAAGAUUUAUAUCAGGCUUAUGAACAAUUUAAAGGAUCCAUGACAGAAAUAUUUUCACAUGUUUUAUGUAGUAAUGUGCUUUCUGAUGAAGAGAGAUUCCGUGCAAUGAUUGACGAAGGUAUUAAGAAUAAAGAACUUAAAAAAUAUAAAAAUUAUACACAAGAAACAUCUUCUCAGAGGCGUAGAAGGCGAAAGAAUGCAGAAAAAGAGGCAGAAGAAGCAGAGGAACUUACUAAAGAACUUGGCUUAGACAAAACUUUAAAAAAAAUAAAAACAGAAGAUGACCUUCAAGCAUUGAUAAAACAAAGACAAUCAACACGUAUGGAGACUUUAAUAAAUAAUUUAGAAGCAAAAUAUGGAAGUUCUAAGAAAAAAACUUUAAAAAAAAACUAA